CUUGCCCUAUUUUAAGACUCAUUGUUGGAUGCGUGUCUUGAAUCCAUCGGGCAGCUAUUUCAGUCGCUCAUAAAAUAUUCAUCGUGUUAAAAAAAAAAAAAGAGAGAGCUUUUCCAGUUCCACUCAGCUGGGACUCCCUCCAGUAAGACGAUUGUUUUUCUAUUUCAAGAACAGUGACCCUGUUUUUAUUUUUGUAUUUAUGUAUUUUAUUUUUCCGGUAAGACCUAACGCACAGCUGAAUGGCUUUGGCUGUGCUACAGUGUAUUUCUGUGAGGUCAGAGCAGAAUGUUGGCAUGGCUCUAAGGAUUAAUGGAAAGACCUCUCAACUUGAUUAGAGGGAGCCCCUUAUAAUCCUUUCACAACAGAGGAGGCUCCACAUCACUGCGCCCUGCAGGACCCGGACAGAUUCCCGCACUGAGGGUUAACCCUGAAGCCCGAAGGAGAGCGCCGCCCUGCCGCUGUCCCACAGCAGCGAAUGGAGAAGUACGAGAAGCUGGGGAAGAUCGGGGAAGGCUCGUACGGGGUCGUGUUCAAGUGCCGGAACAGAGACACGGGACAGAUCGUGGCCAUCAAGAAGUUCGUGGAGUCCGAGGACGACCCUGUCAUUAAGAAGAUCGCUCUGAGGGAAAUCAGGAUGCUGAAGCAACUGAAGCACCCGAACCUGGUGAAUCUGAUCGAGGUGUUCCGACGCAAGAGGAAGCUGCACCUGGUGUUCGAGUACUGCGACCACACAGUGCUGAACGAGCUGGACCGCUACCCCCGAGGGGCACCGGAGCACCUGGUGAAGAGUAUAACUUGGCAGACGCUCCAGGCUGUAAACUUCUGCCACAAACAGAACUGCAUUCACAGGGAUGUGAAGCCAGAGAACAUCCUCAUCACCAGACAGCAGGUCAUUAAACUGUGUGACUUCGGAUUCGCCAGGAUACUGACUGGCCCCUGUGAUUACUACACAGACUACGUUGCGACGCGCUGGUACCGGGCCCCAGAGCUGCUGGUCGGGGACACACAGUACGGGCCCCCUGUGGAUGUCUGGGCCAUCGGCUGCGUCUUCGCAGAGCUGCUCUCUGGCGUCCCCUUGUGGCCGGGGAAAUCAGACGUGGACCAGCUCUACCUCAUCAGGAAAACACUGGGUGAUCUCAUUCCUAGGCAUCAGCAGGCAUUCAGUACUAACCAGUUCUUCAGUGGAGUCAGCAUCCCUGUGCCAGACAACAUGGAACCUUUAGAAUUGAGAUUCCCGGGCGUUUCUUCCCAGGCGCUGGGGUUAAUGAAGGGCUGUCUGCGGAUGGACCCUGCGGAGAGGCUGGCGUGUGGUCAGCUCUUGGAGCACCCGUACUUUGACAGCGAGGCGGCGGCGGGGAGGGAGCAGGAGCGCGCCACCAAGAGGAGGGCCAGACUGCCACGCAAACACCUCCCGCCCGGGUAUUUGCCUCAGCUCACCAGCAGCAACAUAUUCCCAUCUUCGGACAGUAAGAAGCACUACAACUUGAGGAAAUUCAAUUACCACUUUCCCAACAUCUAACUCCCACGCAGCGAAGCCUGCAGGGCAGGACACCGGCAGGGACUCGGGAGGGCUGGAAAACAAGCGAGGCAGGUGUACACAAGCACCUACUGCAAUAUCAAAAAACAACACAAAGCAAAGAGGUGUUGAGUUUUUCCAGUGCAGUGAGACCAAUGAAGACUGGCGGUUCUGAGAGGGGCUGCAGUCCGAUGGGGUUCUCCUGGGCACUGAUAUUUAUUUAUUUCCUCCUUGAUGUAAUGAUUUCUUUAGUCUUUGUGCGUCUGUGAUGACAAGGUACUCUAAACACAGUUCCGCGGAUACAUUUCAUACCCGACACGCUGGGCAAAGCAGAACCAUGCUGCCUUCAACCAAUCUACUUGCAGUACAGUGCGUCAACUAAAGUUUGCCAAUCGAUACUUUUAAUGUAUUUUUAUGCAAAGCAUGGGCAAACCAAAUCCUAUGCAUAGUGGUCAAAACGGUCCUAAUAGGGACCACGACAGGGGCUUCAUGUUAAACAACACUGUAGAAGCUGAUGAAAUCGGCUGAGCAGUGUUCAGUGUCAGCUCAACCCCUUGGAUAAUCAGAUUGGCUUGCCUUGUCUUUCUGUGCAAUUACAAACCCCUCACAUUUCAAUUGCCUUGUUGGCUACUUUUAUAGGGAAACAAAAAGCUUUGCCAUGUUACAGCUGGGGAUGCACACAACAACUGCAUUAUACCACUAUGAGGACUUUUACUGAGCACAAAAAUACAGAUUUUUGGAUUGAGAAACUCAGCGAAUCCUCCCCAGAAUUCUGUCCUGUCUGCGAGAGCAGCCGUCUGUCAGAGAGCUGCUGCUGCGUCUGUUUAUCUGUGUCUCGCAUGGCCAGGACUGCAAAUUGGAAUUAUUAGAUAUUUUUCCUUGGUUGUUAGGACCACAACAUGCCAAAUUAAACAAAAUAAUAAUAAAUCACAUUAAUAAUAUUAUUAUUAUUAUUUUUAGCAAAUCCACUCAAAUCAUAGACUUUGGAUUUGUGUAUAUAUAAAAUGUGUGUCUAUAUCUAGCUGUACUUUUUGUAUUGAGUAACGAAGAAGAGGUAUCAAAUACAAAUAUUGAAUAUAAAAAAUAAAACAGCUUGUAAAGUGCUUUAUUAAAUCUGUGGUGAAA